CUUGAUUUAUCCACUGCUGCUUGCUGAACAAUGUUUCAUUGACUAUGGCUCGCAAGCCUCGAGAUUCUCUGUCCACAUUGGAUGCUCUUCUUGGUUCAUCGAGACACAACGUGCGAGCUGCGAAGCGAAAGCACAUCUCCACCAGAUCGCAACCGCUCUCGGUCGAUACACGACAGAAUAUUCUUGACAACGAUGGCUCUGGGUUAUUCGCACCACCAGAGGACUCGGACGCCUCUCGGAUGCUCAUGAGUCCUCCUCCCGAGGAAAUGCUGCGUUCUGGUCCGAGUACCCGUUCUGCGGGGAAAUCUAUAACACAAUCUGACGCUCGACAUCCAUUUACGCCAUCACUUCUUGCCAAACCAUCAUCGUCCUCCAGAGCAUCAAAAUCUGCAACGUCUAAGCGUAAACGACAGUUGUCCACCGCCGCAUCUCCGGCGAAGAGCGAAAGCUCUACCAUACUCACUACUCCAAACACAAGAGCGCGGAAGCAUGCCAAGCGUGCAGUCACAUUGGUCUCGGAAGAUUCAUCCACACUCCACCCUGCUCCCCCUUCUAAAAACAAUGCGUCUGCUGGUGAAUCAUCCUCGUCGAGGCGGCCCUCCACUCCCUUGAUAGAGGAGGCAUUGAAUCGCGCUCAGCACUUCAACGAGCUGAUUUUGGAUAACAGUUCUCCUCAUAGGGGCGCUGAACAUCAUCGACAACGGCCAGCCAACACUACUGUUCCGUAUGAGCCACCCCACGAACACUUCACUUCUCCUCGAGAGGUCUAUCAUACCCCUCCCAUGGCCUCCUCAAAGAAGCAGAAAUUUGCACAGAAGUCGAAAGCAUCGCAAAAGAAGCUUGUCUUGACCAUCAAGAAGGAACCUCCGGAGGUCGACCUCACAUUGCCGCUACCUCCCCCAUCGCCAACGCCUGACCCUCUUUUAUUAUCCGGUGAUCACUCAGAACGCGGCCCUCCCCACGCGGUCAAUUCCUCCCGACACACUCCCCCAAUUAUGCCCGCAUCGUCUUCACAGCCGCACGAUACCAAUGAAGAUGACAGUGGCAGUCUGAACCUGGACAAUCCCGUCAACGCGUACAAUACCGGCAUGACCGACGACAUGCUUCCCACCUCGCCGUUCAAUCCUGAGAGUGUAGUGGUGGAGGCACCUGACGUCUGGAGCGACAGUGGGUCGGACGAUGGGAUGUUUGAUGAGGAAGGAGAAUACACGGGCAGAUUCGUGACGUUCACCGUGCCCAUCAAACAGGACCCGCCGGAUGAAGACGAACUGGCUCGGAUGGAGGCUUGGGGACGGCCUGUUAGCCCUGUUCCAGAGUCGAUGCGCCGCUGGCCGCAAUCCAUUCUGAAACGAAGCCACGAAUCAGCUAUGGCGGAGUUCGAUGAGUCUCAGCAGGAAGAGGAGCCGCUGCAGAGGGAGCAAGAAUCCUAUCAGAAAGAGCAUCAAGCUAUCAAUGAUGUAUUCCCCGUUGCUGUUGAUGUGUCGCUUGAGCAGCCGGAUGUCCCGCUUUCACCUCCGCCACAUCAACCUACUGAAACAAUCCCAAUAGAUCAACCCGCGGGACGAGACCUCAACAGAGAAUCGCCGUCUCAGUCUAGUCUCGAAACGCGCGUCGAUGUAGCUCAUGACAGGUAUUCCGCGGGAGUUGAGACGGUAGUUGACGAUAGCAGUGAUCAUCAAGUCCUGGAGGGGCAUAAAUCUAUCGACAUAGACAGCCAUUUGAUUAUCUCAGAGUUAUUGACGGCCAACGUGAAACCUGCAGAAGAAACCGUAUCGCACGAGGUCGGACGUCGAGGCGAGGAGCAGAUCGUCCAGAUUUUCCCUCCAGAGCCGGAGUUGAUCAUUGUGCACGAACAUGCGGGCACGGCGCAGCCUUUGACUGUUCAACCGUUGGGUCUUAGUCAGCUGCAGUCCAUUGAGCCUGCUGUGACACCUGCUGUGGAGGUGGAAGCCACGCGACGUCUUGUAGAACAGCACGCGAAUACGAUGCAACCUUGGACGGUUCGUCCUUUCGAUUUCACUCAGUUGCAAUCAGAUGAAACAGCCGCGAUACCUGCCGUGGAGGAGGCCACCGUAGGGCCUGUUGCCAUGCAACAGGACGAGGAGGAAAUCUCCAGCGACGAUGAGACGGAACCUUUGGAGGAGGGUGUUGUUGAAGUCACUAGCAGCGAUCCGAUGGCAGCAGCCCGUGCAGCGGCUAUUCUCAAGAUGCACAACUAUGACUGCCUCCCGCGCGUCUUAGCCAAGAACCGCAGAUCGUCACAUAUUGGCGUUGGCUCGUUUGUUGAGAACGCCCUUCGGAAGACGUUGUCAGAGGCUGGCAUCAGAAAGCAGAUGUCCUUGGUGAAUCGACGUCACACUCUUGGUGGCGAGAGCGAUGAUCAGGUCGUUAUUCCCGGGGGCAUCUCUAUGACGCCUACAGAGCUCCUCGAGGAAGCCGAACGGUCACUCCACAUAUCUGGCGAGGAUAUGAGCGGACUUCUCCAGCCCCGCAGCUCGUUGAGAACACCAGGACGAUCCGGCAUGAGAUUUGACAUUAGUCGCACAUUUCCUGCAACUCCUGAAGACAUAUCCGUCGCAUUCGAUUGGACGAAAAAAGACUGGAGGCGACUGGAUUCCUGCUUUACGGAUGAGCGGCUUGCCGUCGGCUCUCGCCAGAAGUUGGGCAGCAGCGCGCUCGCUGACGCCGACAACAUUCGCCUGGAGAAUGUCGUCGACAGAUUCAUCGAGCUGGAAGGCGGAGUCGAAGCCUUGAUGGGACGACUAGGAUUCAGUCGUGAGAGUCUCCUGCGCCGAACACAAGCUUUGCAGAAGAAACAGCGUUCAGGCAAGAUUGCACCGCCAACGCCCAACGUGCCCCGUGUAUCUCGUGAUGUUCACGGCCGGAAUGGUGCGCAUACAUCAUCCUUGUACCCCUGGGAGUUAUUGGCCUCCGCCCAACAAGGCGACGCAUCCAGUCAACGCGUUCAUACAUUCAGAGCCUCAAACCCCGCUGUCAGCACCGCGCCGUCUGCAACGACUAAGCAUUCGUUGAAUCCUUCACGACGCGACGUCGUAGACAGCGGGAAUACAAGCGCCACUGUUCCAUCGCCUUCAAUCGCUGUGCGCACGAAGGGAUUAUUCUCCUCGUAUUUGCCCGCGUCUGCGAAGCCUUCCAGAGCGAAAUCCGUACCUUCUGCGCAACCUAGCCUGCCUACUCCACCUCCAGAGCCCCUCGAACGACCUCGAUCGCCGGGUGCUACUUCAGUGCCUAACCCAGCAUCAAAGCUUCCUCACGCACAGGAGAUGGUGGAACUCCAACAUGCUUCCUCAAGCAAACCAUCACUCAUUCCCCGGUCCGCGCCAUCGCAAUCAACACUGGAUCUGCACGCUGUCACGUUUUCUUUCGACAUAAGGCGUCCACUGUCGAGAACUAGCAGUAGGCGCAGCAGCGUUGGCAGCGUCAAGGACCUGGUACUGCACUUUGAGGAGCUGAACGAGGACACAGAGUCGGUUCGUCCGAGCUCAAGCAAAGGAAAAGCUCCUGAAACACGUAAGCACAGACCGCCUUGAAGAUCUUUACGAGUACACGGCCUUGUAUUCACGAUUUAAUAACUUUUUUGUACAACCCCGGCUAGCUUAUAGUACGGAUAGGUAUUUACAUAUGCUACUGUACAAUGCGUGAUCCCUUACAGGUCUGGAGAGCAGGCACUCUCAUCAGUUUGAAACUAACAAUCUCGUCGAGAUUGAGAAACAUAAAAUUUCUAAUGGUUCAAUUGAUUCAGCCAGGCAUACC